AUGUUUUCCAAAGCAUCCAUUGUAGCAUUUGCUCUCGCAGCUGUCAGCAAUGCUCACAUGAUCAUGACCAACCCAGUUCCAUAUGGAGUCGACAAUCUCAACAACUCUCCUUUGGAAGCAAGCGGAGCCGACUUUCCAUGCAAGCAAAGAGAUGGAGUCUACAAAGUCACCACUCAAAACACCAUGGAGCUCGGUGGAUCUUAUGAUCUUGCAUUCAAGGGUAGUGCCGUUCACGGAGGUGGAUCUUGCCAAGUAUCUAUCACCUAUGAUGAAACUCCCUCUGCCUCUAGCUCAUUCAAAGUCAUUCACUCCAUCAUCGGCGGUUGCCCCAUGAAAAACGUUGCCGGAAACAACGGAGACAACAAAGAUGCCGUCGAUCCAGACACCUACAAUUUCACCAUUCCCUCAACUCUUCCAGCUGGUAAAGCAACGCUCGCAUGGACUUGGUUCAACAAGAUCGGAAACCGUGAAAUGUACAUGAACUGUGCACCCGUUACACUCACCGGCGGCUCCAGCAAGCGCAGCGACCUCAUCGCACGAGACCAAGCUGCUUUCAAUGCUCUCCCAGACAUGUUCACUGCCAACAUCGGCAAUGGUUGUGGAACAACUGACUCUACGGAUGUGGUUUUCCCCAACCCAGGUGAUUCCGUUGAGUAUGAUGGAGGCUCUACAACCGCUACCGCUGCACCAACUGGAUCUUGCGCUAAGCCUACUGCUGGUGCUGCUUCUGCAAAGCCGACUGGGACUGGGACUGGAACUGGAGCCACUAGUGCUGCGGCUGCUCCGUACGGUACAGCGACCGCAAGUUCGCUUCCGGGAGGUGUUUUUGUCUCAAUUGCUACUGGUACUGGCGCUGCUACUUCCGCGACCUUGGCAGCAACUUCAGCAGCUGGAGUCGUACCCACAAUUGCCACUACUGCCGUCAGUGUCCCAAUAACCCCAACCUCUGCCACCUCUGCCCUAGCACCAGCUGGAACCGGCGCUUCAUCAACUUCCUCUUCAGGAGCUCUCACCGGCGCCUGCACAAGCGAAGGAAUGUUCAACUGCAUUUCUGGAACCUCUUAUCAACAAUGUGGCAGUGGUACUUGGAGCGUCGUCAUGCAGAUGGCUUCCGGAACCACUUGCACCAGUGGCCAAACGAUGAAUUUGGUCAUUGCCAAGAGAAACGGAAUGGGUUUGAUGCGCCACGCUGCUCGACGAGGACUGGGUGCUGAGAUGUUCAAUUAA